GCUUAUCAGUGGUCGAGGCUGCCUCCGCCUCCCCGCCCACCCCACCCUCUCCCAGAAGGACUCAGAAGCGAGGCGGAGCCCCUGCCGCAGAGGCUGGGCGCGGUGGCAGCGGGCCCCGUCCUCGGACCCCGCCAGCGCCAUGUGGCUUUCGCUGCUGCUGCUGCUGCUGCUGCUGCUGACGGUCCUCUGCAAAGGGCAGCUGCGGCUGUCCGCAGGCAGCUCCCCGAACCCCUUCUCCGAGGACGUCAGGCGUCCCCCCGCGCCGCUGGUGACCGACAAGGAGGCUAGGAAGAAGGUUCUCAAGCGAGCUUUCUCAGCCAGCCAAGUGCCUGAGAAGCUGGAUGCAGUGGUGAUUGGCAGUGGCUUUGGGGGUCUGGCUGCAGCUGCGAUUCUGGCCAAAGCUGGCAAGCGAGUUCUGGUGCUGGAACAAAACAGCAAGGCAGGAGGCUGCUGUCAUACUUUUGGACAGAGAGGCGUUGAGUUUGACACAGGAAUCCAUUAUGUUGGGUCCAUGCAAGAGGACAGCAUUUGCCGUUUUGUCUCGGAUCAGAUCACAGAGGGGCAGCUGGAGUGGGCUGCCUUAUCCUCUCCCUUUGACAUCAUGGUACUAGAAGGGCCCAAUGGCCGAAAGGAGUUCCCCAUGUACAGUGGGGAGAAAGCUUAUGUUCAGGGCCUCAAGGAGAAGUUUCCCCAGGAAGAAGCUGCCCUUGACAAAUAUGUAAAGCUGGUUAAGGUGGUGUCCCGUGGAGUCAUCCAUGCCAUCUUGUUGAAGAUGCUCCCGUUGCGCAUAGCUCAACUCCUCAGCCAGUGUGGGCCGCUUACCCGGUUCUUUCCAUUCCUUCGUGCGUCCACCCAGAGCCUGGCUGACGUCCUGCGGCAGCUGCCAGCCUCCCCGGAGCUCCGGGCAGUGCUGAGCUACAUCUUCCCCACUUAUGGUGUGACCCCCAGCCACAGUGCCUUUUCCAUGCAUGCUCUGGUGGUUGACCACUACAUAGAAGGGGCCUUUUAUCCCCGAGGGGGUACCAGUGAAAUCGCCUUCCACACCAUCCCUGUGAUUCAGCGGGCCGGGGGCGCUGUCCUGACCAGUGCCACUGUGCAGUGUGUGUUGCUGGACUCAGCUGGGAAAGCCUGUGGUGUCACUGUGAAGAAGGGUCAGGAGCUGGUGAACAUCUAUUGCCCCAUCGUGAUCUCCAAUGCAGGACUCUUCAAUACCUAUAAGUACCUGCUGCCUGAGAACGCCCGCUGCCUGCCAGGGGUGAAGCAGCAGCUAGAGAUGGUGCGGCCUGGCUUGGGCGUCUUCGCCGUUUUCAUCAGUCUGCGAGGCACCAAGGAGGACUUGGGUCUGCAGUCCACCAACUACUUUGUCUACUUCGACACAGACCUCGACAAAGCAAUGGAGCACUACCUCUCGAUGCCCAGCGAAAAGGCUGCAGCACACGUGCCCUUCCUCUUCAUCACUUCCUCGUCAGCCAAGGAUCCCACUUGGGAGGACCGGUUCCCAGACCAGUCCACAAUGAUCGUGCUGAUGUCCACCUGCUAUGAGUGGUUUGAAGAGUGGCAGGAGGAAGCGACAGGGAGGCGGAGCAGCGACUAUGAGACCCUCAAAAACUCCUUUGUCGAAGCCUCCCUGUCGGUUGUCAUGAGGCUGUUCCCCCAGCUACAGGGGAAGGUGGACAGUGUGGCCAGAGGGUCCCCACUGACCUACCAGUUCUAUCUGGCUGCUCCCCGGGGUGCCUGCUACGGGGCGGACCAUGACCUGGACCGCCUACAUCCUCACGUGAUAGCCUCCAUGAGGGCCCAAAGCCCCAUUCCCAACCUCUACCUGACAGGCCAGGAUAUCUUCACCUGUGGGUUGAUGGGGGCCUUGCAAGGGGCCAUGCUGUGCAGCAGCGCCAUCCUGAACCGGAACUUGUACCUAGACCUGAAGAAGCUUUACUCAAGGAUCCAGGCACAGAAGAAGAAGAAUUAGUUCAGUAAGCAAUGAGUUUGAGGAAUCCCGCCGGAUCUCUGGCACAGCCCUUGAUUUAGCUAUGUCUUUCUGUACCGGUUCCCUCCUCACAUAAAGCACUCUAAUUUGUUUCUGAUUUCUGACUAGAGGUCUGACACACAGGUCACAGUCCUUAGAUCACAGUUCUCAAGCUGCAGCUCUUCCAGCUGGGCAGGUGGUGAGCUCUCAGACCUCUAACAUGUUGUCCCUGCUAAAAGGCCCGGUGUGGGCCAGUGACUUGGACAGCCUGUCUUGUCAAGCAGUGCUUUGCAUACCACACUCCCAUACCUCCCAACUCUGAGCAGUCAGAAGUCAAGUAUCCUUUUGGUCAGAUGGACAGAACCUUCAGUGUUGGCCAGCUGCAGCAGCUCGGUCCAGCCGUCUCGAGGCUUCUCCUCUUCCAUUCUCCACGCUGUGCUGCAGCAGCUCCACGCUACUGAGGAUAAAGGGUGCCUGAAGAGGUUUUUGUCAAAACCUGGGCAUGGUUUUGCUUGUAGUCCCAUAGGUUCAGAGGCCCCCAGAUCCCAUUUUUGUUGGUUCCAAGGGCUCUUUCAGAGGGUGGGGAAAUGCCUAUGACAGGCUCAGUGUGACUGACUGAAGACAUUAGUCAGCCAAGUAUAUGUUAGAAUAUCCAAUUCAUAUACAGACAGGCCCUAGGUUGGUCUUCCUUAUUUCCAAGGUGACGCUGGGUCUUCAGUGGGCCAGCACCAAGAUACCCUCAUGGAGCUCAGUACUGAGCCUCAAGGUUUAUCUUCCAAAAAUCCACACCAAAGGGUGACAUUAGCAGUUGGGGUACAGGACUGAAAAGAUGACUUCACUGGGGUUGAAGCAGGCUGAAAGAGCAUUCCUGGCCAAGGGUAUAGCAGAGGACAAUCACAGAGGUAACUGGAAGACAAAUCAGCCAUCAGCCAGCUACCUCCUAGACCCAGAGGUAGGAAGGAGUGGGGCUGGAAAUCAGGAUCAGAAUGUGGAAAGCUACAGAAUGUGUGCAGAGGCCUGGGAUGGGGUUCCUGUUUAUUGGUACAUAUGUAGGGAUUAGAUGGGAAGCUGAACAAAGGCUUUUUCACUUAUAUUAGACCUUAUUUCUGUCAAUCUUAUUACCAUUUUAAUAAAUUUAAUGAUUUUAUAGCUUUAA